CGUCCUUUCUUUUCUUUUAGCAAUUGAAUACAUUGAUGGGGUCUGAUUCUCAUAUUGCAUUGGACGGUUCUUCAGAUCUAGUUGUCGGUUUUUUUGAAUGUAGUUUGAAUAGUAUCUUAUACCAACGAGGGAUCUAUCCACCCGAAGAUUUCCAACAAAAGAAACGGUAUGGCAUCUCAGUCCUGAUGUCUAUUAAUGAAGAAUUGAAUGCUUAUCUAGAUGACAUUAUACAGCAAUUGAAAGCUUGGUUACAAACAAACAAAAUCAGUAAACUUGUUUUGGUGAUCAAAUCAAAGGACACAAAUGAAACCUUAGAACGAUGGCAAUUCGAUGUCAACGUGAACAAAUCAACACAUGGGGUGGAUGAUACUUCAUCUCAAAACGAUAGCAAGAACACAACUCAAGAAAUUCGAUCUAUUAUGCGUCAAAUUGUUGCCAGUGUAUCCUUUCUACCUACUCUUGAUGAUGAUUGUACAUUCAAUGUUCUAGUCUAUGCUUCUGAAGAUGUGGAAGUACCAAUAACUUGGACUGAUAGUGAUGCUAAUUUGAUUCCUGGUGGUGGUGAACAUAUUCGGUUACGUUCAUUUUCAACUGCGGUACAUAAGGUUGAUGCUGUUGUUGCUUACCGUGUUGAAGAUUCGAUUUAGUAGAUAGAUCUUUUGUUUUAUGAUAUGCAUUUUUCUUCUUAUUAUUCCUUGUAAAUAAAAAUAAAACAAAUUCAUUUUAUUGCGGUGGUUGAAAUUCGACGCCGUUAUUAUUAUUA